GUUGUUAGGUUUUGGAGAAUAUUAUUAUAUGGUGCACUACCGCACUAUGAUGUAUUUUGUGCUAAGCGGAUAAUUUCCGCAUGUCAGAUAUUGCCCAAUGAGCAGAUAUAAUCGGAAAACACUCUUGGAGAUAUCUAAAUCAAAUUCCAGCCCCGAAGGAUUUGACAAGUACCGCGAGGGCAGUGAGCCGAGAGAGUUUGUCGGGGGUAAGCAGACAACAUCGGUUGAAUCCGUUUACAACUGCAAGUAUCAACGUUUGUCGCCCCAACCACACAAGCGCCACCGGCGUUCACGUGAUUUGACCCCUGCCUCGAGUCAGGAGUCUCUCCACAUGGCUGGUGGCGCCCCCUCACCUUCAGGACGUGACAGCCUCAUCAUUAACAGCACCUCAGAGAUCCGAGAUGACGAACGCAGAAAAUCCUCAACAGAUAUCUCGUGUCGACCCCAAAACACAACCAUUGAAGAGGACCCAAGAGAGACAACUCUGGAUGAGCCCGAGAGCCCAUCCAACAGUGACAAGGUGAACGGCAACGUGGACAACGCCAGUGAAGACAGCGGAGCCGACAACAAGGAACACUCACCACAGGUGUCCUUCGACAAUGGCUCACCCAUGGACGACAGGACGGCUGACCGGCGCAUGUACGCCAUGGACGGAGAAUCGCUGUCGGAGAAGGAGAGGCUGCCAAACAGACACGCCCGGGAGAAGUCCUUCGAGAGGUCCCUCGACAACAUCAUGGACAAAUGUUCCGAGAAGUCGCUGGACCUCAACUUGAGUGUGGAGUCAUGGAAUGGGUCGAUGAGUGACGCCAGUUGUCGGUCUCCAGACAACAGCCUUGCGACAGGGUCCACCUCGCUCAAGUACUCAAAGAACGAGAAGAAGAAGAAGUCGGCUUGGUACACAAUGCUGGCUCCAAGCUACAAAACCAAGACAGAUGACUUCCGCAAAACAUUCAAGGAUAUCCCUCAUGAAGAACGCCUCAUUGUCGACUACUCGUGUGCGCUGCAGAAGGACAUCUUGGUGCAGGGGCGGAUGUACAUCACGCAAAACUGGAUCUGCUUCUACGCCAACAUCUUCAGAUGGGAAACUGUGCUAACCAUACAGUGCAAGGAGAUUACAGCUGUCACAAAGGAGAAAACAGCGCGAGUCAUCCCAAAUGCAAUCGCCAUAACAACGGAACGGGAAAAGUACUUCUUUACCUCCUUUGGUGCCAGGGAUAAAACGUUCAUGAUGCUGUUUCGUAUAUGGCAGAAUGCUCUCCUCGACCAGCCGAUGAGUCCGAAGGAGCUGUGGCAGUGGAUACACUACAGCUAUGGCGAGGAGCUGGGGCUCACCUCCAGUGACGACGACUACGUGCCGCCCCCCGGCAUGGACGACCUCCGGGAGAGGCUCAGCAAGGAAGAGAUCAUGCCACCCAAGGGGCUGUCUGAUUCCUCCGAUAUCCAUUUGCAGGGCGAACUGGGUCAGCUUAUCAGCAACGAUGACACAGAUGUCCUCGUGUCCGACGAAGUCUUCUGCCAGUUGCCAGUCUCGUUAGAUUCCCCCCUUGGUAUUCGUGGUACCGAGGUGCCCACUGACUUCGGGGACACAACGGAGGACAGUGAAGGUGAGGUAACGUGUUCGGGUCAUGAGCACCUGGAGAAGUGUUACCUUGAUGAAGUGUUCAACCUCUCGGUGGACCAAGCUUUCGAGUACCUCUUCACAGACUCUGCAUUCUUCAGACAGUUUGUUGCAUCAAGGAAGACUUUUGAGUUGGAGCUGCCAGAGUGGAGCGAGGUUGACGAGAACGGAAGCCGGGCACGCAUCAUCCACUACACCCUCACACUCAACCAUUCCAUAGGGCCAAAGACUUCCCCCUCAGAAGAAAAACAGACGUGUAUGAAGGACAGCGAACCAGGGCUGAUGUACCUCAUCGACACUGACUGCAUGAACGGCGGCAUCCCCUACGCUGAUGCCUUCUUCGUGGCCAACCGCUACUGCCUGACACGGGUUUCCAAGAACAAGUGUCGGAUCCAUGUCUCCAGUGAAGUGAGGUACAAGAAAUCUGUCAUCGGCAUUGUCAAGGGUAUGAUCGAGCGGAGCGCUGUCGGGGGACUGACGGACUACUUCCGUGCACUAUCGGCUCACCUGCGGCGGGAGGCCGAGAGACAGGAGACCAUCAGCAGCAGUCAGAAACCAGCCAAGAAGAAACUGCGUAGACGCAGGAAAAUCGUUGGGAGCAUUUCAGAAGUUGUAACGCCAUCACGGCAGCCCGAGAGACAGAUGUCAGCCCCUCCCUCCCCAGUGAAACACAUGGGCAACCGGGACAUGAAGCUGAGUGUGAAUGCAGAAUCCUUUGUGCGAUUAAUAUUUUUUAUACUGGCAGUACUGGUGGUCCUCAACGCCAUCCUGUUCUUCAAGGUGUGGUGCUUGGAGGACAUCGUCAGGCAGAGGUACCUCCACCACACUGCCAAAGACUUCAACAAUGUCGCGGAAUAUCCCCGGUCUCAGGAACAGUGGGCAAACUUGUUGAACCAGCAGAAAAGUCUGUACAACCGGGAGAUUGACAAGUGGAGCGAUGUGUUGGCUACCUCCAUACAGUUGAUAGAACAGAUGAAAGGGACCUUAGAAACACUCAGGGACGGACUGGAUACGAGGAAUGCUGACAGGAAGUCCAAAUCCUGACCCACAAUACAUCUGUGUGAGCGCUAACCUCAAACCUACCUGUCCAGUAGUCAAUGGUAGAGGUCACAACUCCGCAAAACCAGCAACCAUCUUGGGAUCAGCAGCAAAUGCUUCUGUGACAUUUGAUUGGUCAGUUGUUGUUUUGUCUCUGACCAAUCAGGGACCAGGAUUUUGAAGCUUGUGAAACUGUUACUGAAUGUGAUAUAAUGUCUCUGGUAUACAAGAGAAAGUUGUUAAUAUUUAUUUGACAAUGAGAGAAGUCUCUCAGUUAAGUUAUGACUAUAGUAGAUGCCCAUGCAGAGUUUACACUGCUCAGUGGCGUCCAAAUAUCUGUUCUUUGUCAUUUGCAAAUUAAUGGAUUGAGAUUUUCUCCACAAACAGGAGGUAUGCCAAAAUCAUCCGCUUCUUAGAGAAGCAUUUGACAAACAUUUGGGACGCAGGUAGAAAUGAUCACCAAGUUAUAUCAUGGCUGAACAUUAAGCUUUGAGUCAGCACUCUGCUAGAAUUGUUUCAUUCCAACUUAAUUCACAUGGCGAAGGGGCUCGGGGAUAUUACAAGGGGAUCAGAUUUUGAAAUAUUUAACUUCAGUUGGGGUGGAGGAGUCAUUAUCUAAUGUUAAACUUCAAGGGGAUCCACCUGGCAAGGUAUAUAUCAAUGAUAUGAAGGUACCGUAUUCGACGUAAUAAGCGCCCACGGCGAUAAUUGCUAGCAUAUUGUCUAGUGAACAAUCCCAAUUAGCACCCCUUCCGAUUGAUCAAUGUACACAAGACUUAUUUAUUCGUGUAUAAUACGCACCGUGUUAUAUGCACCCUUAAUUAUGGGCAAUUAAAUUGUGGAAUAAUAUAUCUGUCGUAUAUAAAGAUUGUCAGCAUAAACCACGAAAUUUUUUUUUUUUUAAACUCUGUUUCUUCCACCAAAAUAAUAUUCUAAUAAGAGGCCUCUAUUUCUAAUUUUGAGAGCGCCCUGGGCGCUUAUUACGUCGAAUACGGUAUAUGUCACACCAUGGCCAUGUGGUGGUAUUGUCGGAGGGUCUACCUUGAUCGGCACUGAAGUCGGCUUUUAUACGAAAAGUGUUUACAUCUGUGUCCAAAUUACUUCAUUGUUGUCCUUGUUAUGGUCCAAGUUCCAGGAA